AUGGCCUCGAGUCUUAUCAGUGACGUCCCUGCCAACUCAUUAUCUCUCUUCCUCUGGGGAGGCAAAGAGAAAUUCCUUGCUCGGAAGCAAUUAUUAAGAUCCUUAACGAGUAACCCGAUAUUCUCUAAACGUUCGGUCACCAUACCAUCCCUGGCAAGGAAAGACGCCUGGGUGAGAGCCAUACAUCAGGCUCGGGAGCUGAUUGCGCUAAAACAGCGCAAAAAAUGGAGCCAUGAACAGUUUAUACGAGCGGUGGAAAUGCUGGAUUACUUUCUCCCUGUCCACCCGCAGUUCAGGAUCUUCAUAUCAAAUCUAGAGCGGCAGAUGACCGAUGAGCAAAAGGCUAUUUGGAUUCCAAAAGCAGAGAGACUAGAGAUUUUUGGCUCGUACGCGCAAACAGAACUAGGACAUGGUUCGAAUGUUCGGGGCAUCGAGACGACGGCAACGUUUGACCUUGAUACAGACGAAUUCGUGAUCGAUUCCCCAACUUUGAGCAGCACUAAAUACUGGAUUGGAGCAACGGGCGUCUGGGCAACUCAUUCUCUUGUUGUCGCCCGACUGUUGAUCAAUGGUAAAAGUCAUGGAAAUCAUCUCUUCCUCGUUCAACUCCGCGACCUUGAUACUCAAGACCUACUACCCGGCGUAGAAAUCUACGAGCUUGGACCAAAAGUUUUUCAGGGUAUGGUAGGUGUAGACAACGGUGCCAUGCAGUUUCAUAAUGUCAGGAUACCUCGAUCCCAAAUGCUGGCACGAAAUGCCCAGGUUUUAAGAGAUGGGACUUAUGUUCCGUCCAACAACGACAAACACUCAUAUGGCUCGAUGGUGACAGUUCGAGCCAUUAUGGCCGAAGCCACAGGCUACGAGCUGCUGAAAGCUGUUUCGGUGGCAUAUCAUUAUACCACGUUCAGGAAGCAAUUCUGGAGAAAGGGACAGAGCGAAGAGACCACGGUUUUCAAUUAUGCCAGUGUCAAGUAUAGGCUAUUGCCAUUACUGGCUCAGGGCACGGCACUCGUAUUAGUGGGACAGAAUAUUAAACAAGCAUUCGAUGAAUAUAGCAAGAUAGUCAUCAAAACAGGAGAUUUUUCUCAGCUGGAAGAUUUGCAUAUUCAAACAGUUGGUGCAAAGGUGUAUUCCACUGAGAUCACGGCUAGAGGUGUUGAGACCUGCCGAAUCGCAUGCGGUGGCCAUGGUUACAGUGCAUUGUCAGGAUUUGGGCGCAUGUAUGCUCAUACUGUCAACGCAAUCACAUAUGAAGGCGACAACUAUGUCAUAUCUCAGCAAGUCCCACGUGCUAUUCUCAAGCACUACAAUGCUAAAACAGAAGAUACAGUCCCAAGCUUAUCCUAUUUGAGCUUCCUUCGACAUUCAGAUGCCGGUGGUAAGCUCGAUGUGGCAUCUGAACUUGACUGGUUUAAAUACGGUAGUCAGCAAUGGGUUCUGGAGCAUCGAUUAGCCUCCUUGGUCAAAGCACAUUUUAAAGCCACAAAAAAUGGCAAAGACACUAGCUUUACGGUUCAUGAGCUAACUAUGGCGCAUUGCGAUUUUGUUUAUUGGCGUGGAUUCUGGAGCAUUGUUGACAAGGUCUCGGGCUCCGAAUUCCACCCACAGCUAGAAGCCCUGGCUCAAGUGUUUUCUCUCUGUAUUUUGCAGGCAGCCCACAAGGAUAUCUUCGCCCCACACUCUCUCAGCGAGCUUCAACGCAACACCCUUUUAUCUGCAUAUGACCAAGCUAUCGAGACCUUAGCGAUGCAUUCUCAGACAAUCAUCGAUGCUUAUGGUUUCACGGAUUUCGAAAUGGAUAGCGCGCUCGCAAGGCCAGAUAUGGAUCCAUAUGAAGCGUUGUGGCAAGGUGCUAAGCAGAGUGAAAUAAAUAACUGUCGGAAUAUUUGGCCGCUGAUCAUCGAUGCGAGGAAGAUUUGGGGACGAGUAGAGGCAGAGAAGGCAAAGCUGUAA